CUGUAGUGCAUGAAAGCUUCUGGUGUGGAGCUGCGCUCGCGCAGACUUCAGGUUCACGCACGCACGCACGCAUAUACGCCCUGAGCGCGGAGGCUCCAGCGACCGAGCAGCGGGGAAAUGGAGCUGCCCGCCGCGGGAGAGCACGUCUUCGCCGUGGAGAGCAUCGAGAAGAAGCGGAUCCGAAAGGGGCGAUUCGAGUAUCUGGUCAAGUGGAGAGGCUGGUCACCCAAGUAUAACACGUGGGAACCAGAAGAGAACAUCCUUGACCCGCGCUUGCUGAUCGCCUUCCAAAACAGAGAGCGUCAGGAGCAGCUGAUGGGGUAUCGCAAAAGAGGCCCGAAACCUAAGCAGCUCCUCACGCAGGUCUCGUCGUUUGCCCGGAGAUCAAGCGUCCUCUCUGGCCUGCAGGAGGCGUCGCAGGACAACAGUCUCAAGGCAGUUGUGGACCCAGCACAGACACAGCAAUACCAGCUGAACAGCAGAAAGCUCCACCAGUACCAGCCCAUCUGCAAGGAAAGCUCAGGAGAUGCUCUGGUCAAUGGAAAAAAGAAGCACUACUACCAGCUGAACAGCAAGAAACACCACCACUACCAGCCUGACCCAAAAAUGUACCAGGACGUGAAGGGAACCGAGGUGGAUAAGGAAAGCUGGAACCUUCCUAAGGCCCUGCCGCAGAAAUGGCUCCAGGAUAAGGAUGUGGUUUGCCUCAACAAAGUGAAGGACAUCACUAUUGGACUUGAGAAGCUUCCAGCUAACCUCCAUGGUGGUGUGAAGUCAGAACUUGCUAAGGAAGAUGUGAACCAGGCUAAUGGAGUAAGCAACAGGCUGAAGAUUGUAAAGAACAAGAAUAAAAAUGGACGAAUUGUCAUUGUCAUGAGCAAGUACAUGGAAAACGGUACGCAGGCUGCUAAGAUUAAAAAUGGGGAAAUGGACGUGGGGGCGAGGCAGCAGGAGCUGCUGGAGAACCAGUCUGACGUAACGGAUAAGAAUAAGCACUCUAAGAAGCAUAGCCUUGAGAAUGGCUGGAAAAAGGACAACAAGGAUGACGGGACACCUCCCCCAUGUGGAUUUACAAAUGGAAUAUCUGGCCCCGCUGUGGAUGGUUUGGUUACGUCAAGCACAAACAAAGCAAAGGAGCUUCACAGUUCAUCGCCUGAUCAGUCGUCGCAGUUGACCACCAAGUCCUGCAUGAACUCAAAGCUUUUGCAAAAGGCCGUUCUUCACCAUUUAGAUCAAAAGACCAGUCAGGGCACCCACAAGCGGCGCUAUUCAGAACCGAACAGCGAGCGGGACAGUGAGGCCAAAAGAUUCUUGAGUUUUCGUAGUAUAAGUGCGCCAAAUGCAGAAACGAGCCACUGCCAAAGUAACGGUCACCAGAACUCAAAUGGACACCGGUUUGAAUUCUCAGACUGUCAGGAUGAGCCCAUGGAUCUGAGCUGUUCACGAUCGAGAAAGGAAAACAGUUCAAUCACAAAUUGUCAAAUAAAUGGGAAUUCUAAAACAUCUGAGAAAGAGGUGGCGCCUCAGCAAGAACGGACACAAAAGGAUCCGGAAUCUGAACAUGCUCCGAGCUUCACGCCUUUUCUUGGGAAUAUAAUAAUCACGGAUGUUACGGCCAACUGCCUUACGGUGACGUUUAAGGAAUAUGUGACUGUUUAGAAAGUCUUGUUUUUUUUAAAAAUAAUAAUUACAAGAAAAAAACUACUGACUUCAUAACGCAUGAAUUGAUUUGUACAAAUGUAAAGUAGGCUUUAGCUGUUUUUAGAAUAAUCCUGUAUAAAGUGCAAGUUUUGAUAUUUUCUGUCUGGCUGUUUCAAUUUGUCAUGCUAGCUAUUCCAUAUGAGUGACGAUGAGCCAGCAAAGCAGGGUUCAUUUUCUGUCAAUGGCUUGUUUCUGUUGGCUGUGCUUUAUUUCAGAAAGCUAAUAUGUCUAAGAAGCACUUAUGUAUGUAAUGUAAUGUAACGCUAUGUAAUGUUAAACAUUUUUACUGUUCUUUUCUCAUCUCAGAGUUUUGUAAAGCGCUUUUGCACACAAAGUGUGUCUAUUGAGAUUCGUGUGAGCACAUUAAAAGCUUAUUUUUGUGUGUCAUUA